GAGCAGGAUGUCUUUCCAGGGCAAGAAGAGCAUCCCUCGGAUCACGAGCGACCGCCUUCUGAUCAAAGGUGGGAAGAUCGUGAAUGACGACCAGUCCUUCUACGCCGAUCUGUACGUGGAGGACGGGCUGAUAAAACAAAUCGGGGAAAACCUCAUUGUCCCUGGGGGCAUCAAGACCAUCGACGCCCACGGCCUGAUGGUCCUGCCGGGCGGCGUGGACGUCCACACCCGGCUGCAGAUGCCCGUCCUGGGCAUGACCCCAGCCGAUGACUUCUGCCAGGGCACGAAGGCCGCGCUGGCCGGAGGGACCACCAUGAUACUGGACCACGUGUUCCCCGACGCGGGCGGAAGCCUGCUGGCGGCCUACGAGCAGUGGCGGGAGCGAGCGGACGGCGCAGCCUGCUGCGACUACUCCCUGCACGUGGACGUCCCCCGCUGGCACGAGAGCAUCAAGGAGGAGCUGGAGGCCCUGGUCAGGGACAAGGGUGUGAACUCCUUCCUGGUCUUCAUGGCUUACAAGGACAGGUGCCAGUGCACCGACGGCCAGAUGUACGAGAUCUUCAGCAUCAUCCGGGACCUGGGGGCCGUGGCCCAGGUGCACGCGGAGAACGGGGACAUCGUGGAGGAGGAGCAGAAGCGGCUGCUGGAACUUGGCAUCACCGGCCCCGAGGGCCACGUGCUCAGCCACCCCGAGGAGGUGGAGGCUGAGGCCGUGUACCGAGCCGUCACCAUCGCGAAGCAGGCCAACUGCCCCCUGUACGUCACCAAGGUCAUGGGCAGGGGGGCAGCCGACACCAUCGCCCAGGCCAAGCGCAGAGGGGUGGUCGUGUUUGGGGAGCCCAUCACCGCCAGCCUGGGCACCGAUGGCUCCCACUACUGGAGCAAGAACUGGGCCAAGGCGGCAGCCUUCGUCACGUCACCGCCCAUCAGCCCCGACCCCAGCACGGCAGACCACCUCGCCUGCCUGCUGUCCAGCGGGGACCUCCAGGUGACGGGCAGUGCCCACUGCACCUUCACCACUGCCCAGAAGGCCGUUGGCAAAGACAACUUCACACUGAUCCCCGAGGGCACCAACGGCGUGGAGGAGCGCAUGUCCGUGGUCUGGGAAAAGUGCGUGGCCUCAGGGAAGAUGGACGAGAAUGAGUUUGUCGCAGUGACCAGUACAAAUGCUGCCAAGAUCUUCAACAUUUAUCCCAGGAAGGGGCGAGUGGCUGUGGGCUCUGACGCCGACCUUGUCAUAUGGAACCCCAGGGCCACGAAGAUCAUCUCUGCCAAGAGCCACAAUCUGAAUGUAGAGUACAACAUCUUCGAAGGGCUCGAGUGCCGCGGAGCCCCCUCGGUGGUCGUGAGUCAGGGCAGGGUGGUGCUGGAGGACGGGGCCCUGUUCGUGACCCCCGGUGCUGGCCGCUUCGUUCCCCGGAAGACCUUCCCAGACUUCGUGUACAAGAGGAUAAAGGCUCGCAACCGGCUGGCGGAGAUCCACGGUGUGCCCCGCGGGCUCUACGACGGGCCGGUCCACGAGGUGAUGGUGCCGGCCAAGCCGGGGAGCGGCACCCCAGCCCGAGCGUCCUGCCAGGGCAAGAUCUCGAUCCCAGCCGUGCGCAACCUACACCAGUCGGGGUUCAGCCUGUCUGGGUCUCAGGCAGACGACCACAUCGCCAGGCGCACGGCCCAGAAGAUCAUGGCGCCCCCCGGUGGGCACUCCAACAUCACCUCCCUUUCCUAG